AUGAACUUGAAUGAUUCAAAUUCUGAUGAUGGUAAGGUUGGAACUAGUCCAGAACUCCAAAACGAUUCACUUGUUCAUGAAGAAGAUGAUUCUUCUGUAAUAAGUGAAAUUGAUAUGUUUGAUAAAGGAUUGGGAUACGAUAAGGUAAAAACAAAGGAUGACAAUGAAAUAUUUGGUUGUAAUAUUUUUGAAAAAGAUGAAACAAUAAAAUUUUUUGAAUUUCCUGACCAGAUUAAAAAGAGAAAAGCUAAAAUCAAUGAGAUAUAUAAAGAUGAAAAUGAAAUUUCUGGGUCGAUUGAAAAUCGUACGUUUAAUGGAACUAGUAAAUCUAUGCUUGAUAAAUUCCGGUAUUCUGUAGGGAACACGAAAAUAACUAGAUUUAACAAACUUGUUCGCAACGAUGAAACUAAUGACGAUAAAAAUAAGCAAAUCUGUGACAACAAAGUUAGAAAACCAUUAGGUUUUACUGAUCCUAAUAUUCGAUCCAGAACUUUUCCUACAUUAGAUGUGAAAACCAAAUAUCGUUCAAUUAGUAACAAUUCAAGAGAUCGAACAACUCAAACUCUAAAAUCCAAUCUCAAAAAUGGUAUAUCAUUAACAAGAUCUAAUUCUACUACCAGAGUUACAACAAUUUCAGGAUUGGAUGCAACCGUUAAAAGCCGAAAACCAGAAUCUCUUACUAGAUCGUUUAGUAAAGAAUAUAGAGGUGAAGACUUGAGCAUAACAGAUACCAUAGUAAAAAAGACUGAUGCUAAUAUUAGUAAUAGUAAAGGCAAUGAGAAUAAUUCACACGAUCUAAGGCCAUCAUCGAGACCAAUUUCAUUGUUAUCACAAUUCAUAUACAAACAAAAUCCAUAG